UAGAAAAGUAUGAAAUCGAUUACUUUCGUCUUCUGCUUCAAGUAAUUUAGUUAGAAUGGUUUCGGUCAUCGAUAUAACCCCGCAAUUGGAUUCGAUGAAGUCAAAUGAAACUGAGGAACUGGAUUAUGAUGAAAACCUACCGGACGAAGUAGUGAUUCGGCCACCUGACCCGGAAACUAUAGACGAUUCUCAAGUUGAUUCAUCUCAAACGGCUAGCGAACUUGGUGAAAUAAAUUCCGACGAAGAUGAUGAUAAUGGAGCUGUAACCACUGGAGAAACUAUUGCGGGGGAGUUGCCAGCGAAGGCAGUGAACGAAGAUCUCGAAGAUGGAGAAGUUACUGAUUCGGAAGAUGAGGUGACAGGAAAUGGAGACGCUCGGAAAAAUAUCAAAGGAAGAAAUUUGGAAAAAAUGUAUCAAAAAUUGUUAAAAGAAGACCCAGACGAACAGAACGGCGGACUCGAGGAAGGAGAAGAUAAUUCAAUCCCCUAUAGUAAGAGACCUCGUGUUCCUUGCAAGUACUUUAACAGAGGAAACUGUGUUCACGGUCAAAACUGCAGGUACUUGCACGACCCUGAGCAAGCGCCCUCCGCGGAUAGUUUCCCUCCUCCGUUCGUGCCGCAGAGGCAAAAUAGAGAGUUGGAAGUAGCUGCACCGCUGAAGUAUGACCGAAGACCGCCACCACCACCCCCGCAAUAUCUUUCAGACUAUGAAGUGGAAGAAGAACCACCUCAGGAACCAGAGCCAGAACCACAGAGCUUUAUUAACAAGGCUUGGACAAGUGGUCUGAAAGAUGCUAGAGAGAUGAUCAAACGGUCGAAACAGAAGAAGGAAACAGACAUAGACUUCGAGCAGCGCAAAAUGCUGGCUGGAAUAGACUCAUUGGAUGAUACAGAAUACGCUAGAAACUCGCAAAGCGAUGAUUUUGCAGAAAGAAAGGGUAGAAAAUCAGAAGUAGACAAACUAUCAACCAGAGAGAGGACAGCAGUUUCGGACAGAGAGAUCAAACCCUUCAGGAAAGUGGCAGUGCCUUCCUCAUUCGGGGCUGACCAGUGGCAGGAUCCAUGGCAGAGGUCCACGGUCGAUAACUCUUACCACAUCUCUUCCAAAGCGAAGAGACACCACCAUUUAAGUGACCACCACCAUAGUAAGAAAAUGUCUGGAAGAAAGCGAGGUGGAUCUUCAUCUUCGGGUUCAUCGCGUGGCAAGAGAUCUCGGUCAUCCAGCUCCUCUUCGCGGUCCCGUUCUCGCAGUGGUAAAAGCAGGUCUCCAUCGCCCAACUACAAGCGCAAUGCUGAGCUGAAAAGACAGCAGCAGAAACAGAAUGCCGCACUGGCCGCUGCUGCAGCUGCCUCCCAGUCGGGAUCCGCCUCGAGUGUGAAACCAAACGGACCAUCAGUAGUCACCCCUGACACAAACACCAUAUCUAACAAAGUGAACGAGAAGAAAAUAAACCUAUACGACACAAAGAAAAAAUCGAUAGCUUCAAAGCCAGAACCACCACCAACUCAGAGCAGCAGCAGCAGUAAAAAGCCAAGUUCAGUAGUGCAAGAGUCGCCGAAACAUACCUACAGUGAGAAGCUUCAUUCUUCAUCUUCGAAAGACCACAUGACAUCGUCGUGGACCAAAAAAGAGCAUAAACCUAUCCGGAGAGAAGAUCCCAUACCACUUCCGCCCUUGAGGGUGGAGGAUGAGAAACCCCCUAACCCGUCCAAAACCUCAAAACAGUACAGAAAAAAAUCAGAGUCCAGAUCGGCGCAAAAGUCGAAAAAUAAACAGAGUAGCAGCUCGUCUGGAUCAAGCAGCUCUUCCAGCUCCAGCUCUUCAAGUUCUGGCUCAGAAUCAGACACGCCAUCUACGAAGCAAAAGAAGUCCUCGAAAUCGGUUAAGUCGUCUUCUAAAAAACGGGCGUCAAGAACUGCAGAAGAAUCUAGCAAGCGUUUCCAUAAACACUCAGAAGCCAAACAUGCCAAAUCAGGAUCGGCUAAGGAGUUAACGGCCGCUAAAGUGAUCAAAGCAAUUGCAGACUCUGGUAGCGGUUCUCGGAGAGAAGAAAAAGAACGACACGGAUCGUCUUCGUCGUCGAAAGCGCAUCGGCAAUCAACCGACAAUAACAAACACAGAAGUCCAAUUUUAGAUAAGUAUAGUUCGACUGGACAAGGCAGUAAAAAUGUUGGUUAUCUGAACGGUUCGGCAAAUGAAGCUUCUAGGGAUAGAGAGAAAGAUCGAAUGACGGAUCUCAAAAGGUCCUCUGAUCCCUACUAUGAACCGAAGAGUGCUGACAAAUCCUCCAAUAGUUUGAAGGCAGAUGAAAAAGUAAGGAAGCGAAAGAACAAGUCUCGAGACCUGAGCAUGUCUUCGAUAUCUUCUGCUUCGUCUAAUGAAGAUGGAGUCAAAAGUUCAAAGAUGAAAAAACGCUCCAAGAAAUUGUCUGAGCUUGAGAAGCUGUCUUCUUCUGUCAAAAUGGAGACAGGUUACGAUAAAAAAUCGGAGAGUUCUUCGCACAAAAAGUCACGUGUAGAAAACGGAUCCGAGGGAAAUUCCAAGGCCGCAGAAGACAAAAAUAGUCUGAGCUCCUCGUCAAAACCACACAAGCACUCAAAACAUGGAAGUAACAAGUCGAGUUCGAAAGCCAACCGAAAACAACUUCUGAUGGCUCAGUUGGCAGAAAUUGAAGAAAAAAUUGCAAAAACAAGACAGAAAUGUUCCAAAGAACAUAAAUGAGUCUUAAGCUAUCUGUUAGAUAAAAUUUAAUUAAAUAGCUUCAAUCUGAACUUGUGGUAAGGGCAAUAAUAGCUUGUACCAUUGCUAACUAAACUCAUGAGAACUUGAAUCUUGAUAGCAGUUGAUGCUUUAUUUAAUAAUAGUAGUUAAUUUUGAAUUGGUCUUUUCUGUUGUUGAAAUACGAUUCCCAAUAUGAAACAUAUUGCAGUUUUUACCCAAGAAGUUAUUUCGAUGUUGAACUAUGGAAACGCUUGAAUUUUACAGAAAGCUACUAGUAUCCAAAGUGUAAUUUUAGUUAAUAUCUGAUUUUACUGUUCAAUUGUUUUGAUUUUUUCCUGACUUUAUAAAUUACAUUGAAGAAAUAUCUCUAUAGAUACAACAGCUUUUCAAGUUAUUCUCUUCGGAUAUUUA